ACCGUCUCACCACCACCACACCGGUAGCGCCGCCCCCACUAAAUCCAACAAAACCCAACCUGCCUCCCCCUAAGCGCUAACCCUAACCUUUGAACUUCGAAAAUGUCAUACCCAUCAUCUCUUGCAGAUUCCGAAACCGUGAUGGCAACCAGAAAACCCCAACCCGUUCCCUGGACUCACGAAGAGACCCUGCAUCUCAUCCAAGCCUACCAGGAGAAGUGGUACUCCCUCAAGCGUGGCUCGCUCAAGGCCAGCCAGUGGGAAGAAGUCGCCAUUACAGUCGCCGCCCGCUGCGGGCUUGCCGAUGAAGAUGCUAAAUCAGCGACUCAGUGCCGCCACAAGAUGGAGAAGCUCCGCCGCCGCUACCGCGCCGAGCGUCAGAGCCUUGGCGGCGCCUCUUCUUGGCCCUAUUACCACCCCAUGGACGCGCUUGACCGUGGGCCAUUCCCCAUAUCCGCUCGUCCAUUGACUUUGGUUCCAGGCAGAGAUGAUCGAAACAAUGAAAAUGGUCUGAGAGAGAACGACAGCGACAUCAAUGAUGAUAACGGUGUAGAGGAUGAUGAUGAAGUUGAGGAAGAGGAGGAUGAUGAUGAGGGUUUUGGCAAGUCCCGGAGCAUCAACUAUAUCCUCCGCAGGCCUAGCGUUGUGAAUAGGUUCUCUGGGUUGUUGCAGAACCCAAUGAAGAGGCGGCGAGUUGAGGAUGAGGAAGAAGAAGAAGUAGUGGAGGAAGAAGAGGGAGUGGUGGAAGCAGAAGUGCGGAGAGGAGGAUCAGAAUUGGCAGUGGAGAUAAGGAGAUUUGCUGAGCGGUUUGCUGGGAUAGAGAGGAUGAGGAUGGAGAUAAUGAGGGAAACAGAGAGGUAUAGAAUGGAGAUGGAGAACAAGCGGAUUGAGAUGAUACUGGAUUCACAAAGGAAGAUUGUAGAUAUGAUUGCAAGGAGUUUUGGGUAACCGGAAAGGAUGAAGAUUGAUCAAGAAAUGUAACUUUCAAGGUUCAUGUGAUGAAUUACUCCUUUUACUUAAAUCAUAUUUUUUUUUGGGUUUCUGCACUGAGAUUAGUUGUUUAGCUAGUUCUGAUGAUCUGUAGUAGAAUUUUACCCAGUUUGUAUAGACAUUAGCUUGAACCAACAAAUCUUGGGGUGUACUACUUCUGAGUUUGAGAGCAGUGUCAGUUUUAA